AUUGCGCGGCCAUUGGAUGAACCUAACAACAACCCCUUGGCUAUGGAUCUCCUUUGGGCUGAUCCCAUGCUGAACAUUCAAGGGUAUGCGCCAAACACCGUUCGCGGAGUCGCAACAUUCUUUGGGGAAGACACAGUACUCCAGUGUUGCGAGAAAUUGCGAGUGGAUCUUAUAGUUCGAGCCCAUCAAAUGAUGAUGUCUGGAUAUGGUUUCUUUUGUAAUAGAAAAUUAAUCACUAUCUUCACAGCUCCUCGUUAUCAGCCUGAAGCGAACAACAAAGGUGCAGUCGUCUACGUCGACAAACAAGGAAAAAUUGGCUUCAAAGUGCUCUCACCGCUAGAGCAAGCUCCUGAUCAAGGCCAAGGAGAUGACACUCCAACGAAAGUAGCGGGACCUGACGACAAGUCCUUCCGAAUGUGA